CUCCCUCCCUCAUGUCUUGCAGAUCUGCGUUGGGCCGCAAAGCCGCCUUCUCCGCGCUCUCCAUCCUCGUGGCCCUGCUGAUCGCUGGCCAGGCCGUGACUGUCUACUUUGUCUACCAGCAGAGCGGGCAGAUCAGCAAGCUGACCAAGACCUCGCAGACCCUGCAGUUGGAGUCGCUGCAGAGGAAGCUGCCCCCAAGUGCCAAGCCCAUGAACAAGAUGCGGAUGGCCAUGGUGAACAUGCCGCUGGCCAUGAGGGACCUGCCACUUGCCCCCUCCUCAGACAGGAUGCCCAUGGAGAUCAUGGGGCCCGUCAGCAACAAAACGGAGGACCAAGUCAAGCACCUGCUGCUGCAAGCAGACCCAAGGAAGAUGUUCCCAGAGCUGAAGGACGACCUGAUGGACAACCUGAAGCACCUGAAGAAGUCCAUGGCUGAUGCGGAUUGGAAGUCCUUUGAAUCCUGGAUGCACAAGUGGCUGCUGUUUGAACUGGCCAAAAACCCCCAGAAGGACGAGCAGAAGGCAAUCCCAGCGGAGAAAGUGCAAACUAAGUGCCAGGUGGAGGCCAAUUUUGGUGGUGUCCAUCCGGGUCGCUUCCGCCCCCAGUGCGAUGAGAACGGAGACUACCUUCCAAGGCAGUGCAAUGCCAGCACGGGCUACUGCUGGUGCUCCUACAAAAAUGGCACCAGGAUUGAGGGCACUGAGACUCGGGAAAAGCUGGAUUGCCCUGCCACUCCCAGAGCCUUGGAGCCAGAGGAGAUGAUCUUCUCCGGGGUGGAUGUUCUCAAGCUGGAUGCGGAGAAAGGAGCCAAGUAGAAGAGGACACCUGCAGAUGCCUUGUCCCAUCUUCAGCAUCUCCGCUCACGUUUUUGCUCUAUUUGUGCUUUUACAUUGCUCUCCCAAAGACUAUUAAUAGCAGGUAGUCCUGAGCACUUCUGCCCAGGCGUUAAUUCUCUUCCCCUACUGCAGGGUAUGAAAGUGGGUUGAUUGUCUGCGGGCUGUCUCUGGCCCUGUGCUAACAUGAUAGAAGGAGCGUUCCCUCUGCUAGAGACAAAACGUUCCCUUACAGGCAUGUCUAGCUGGAAAACUAUUUCAGCUGCAUCAGACCCAUAGCCCUUUCCCCUUUUGCUAAUUGGGUAGGAGCUGCUGAGUAUGAGCUCUUGGGGCAGCAACACCAUUGCUUGAGGGGAGGGAGCCCAGCGGGUGCCACUGUGAGGCUUGUUAGCGCUGCGUGAGGGAGCCCCACUGGCUCCUCUGCAUUUGGCGACUCUCCCAGCAGUUUCUCCACAAAGUGCCUUCUCUGCCCUCUCUAAGGUUUGUAAGCAGGGCUCCACCCCAAGUACCUCUCCCACUCAGGAGCUUAGGAAGAUGCUGUCUGCAAGAACAGCUUUCCCACUCACAACCAGUCCCAUAGCACCUUGCAGCACCCUGGCCUCAGGCAACCAGCAAGAGGGCCCAGGCAAGUGUAGGAAUCGCUCAUGGUGAAGAUGAGCCACUAACGCUUCCUCAUACUGAACAUUAGAAGACAGCAGCAAAAUGACUUCCGCAAGCUUCUUAACUGAACCCUGUAGGUUGGAACCACAUUUGAAUACUAGAUGUUAGACAACUGAAGCAUCUUUCCUAAUUUUUUUGGUAAACUGCUAAGUUUUGUAGGGAUAGAUGCUCACCUGCAGCUUUUCCCUUCAGCUUUGAAGCCAGCCAAGCAGUGGGUACUAGCCAGAACAGGAACUAAUGCUGGAGUUAGAGGGCUUUUGAUUUUUUCAAACAUAUCUGAUCUUUCCUUUAUAAAUGAACUCACAAGCUAAUUAUUUCAAAUAAACUUUUGAAUAAGAAA